AUGCGCGUUUCGUCGGAGGGCCAAUCCAUCUUCGUUAGGCUGGCUGCUUCGGAGUUUCCGCACGUGACAUCAGAGCACAGCAACAAAGCCCAUGCACUUCCUAUUUUACUUUCUAGCGCUGCAUCCUUUUUUGUUGCUUCGGCUUUCCUGUCGGUCGCAUUUAUUCUGUGGAAACGUCAAAGAAUGAGGAAGAAAACCGUUGAAGAGGACGUGCCAAUGUCGCUCAAAAAGUUCACUUACAAAGAGUUGCGAAUCGCAACGGAGAAUUUCAAGCAUAAAUUCCACCCAAGGAGAAAAACAAUUCCGGAUCGCAUCAUUCACUGCGAUAUCAAGCCUGAAAACAUUCUCCUGGAUGACGACUUCAACCCAAAGUUGGGAGAUUUUGGGCUGGCAAAGCUGAUUGGUAGAGAUUUCAGCCGGGUACUGACGACCACAAGAGGAACUCGUGGUUACUUGGCUCCCGAGUGGAUCUCUGGCCUUCCUAUCACUACCAAGGCGGACAGGGGAAACAUAAUAGGCCUUGUGGACGCAAGGAUAGCAAUUGAGGCGGAUAUCGAAGAGGUGAGAAGAGUCGCUAUGGUGGCUGGGCUGUGCAUUCAAGACGAUGAGAAUGAGAGGCCGAGCAUGAAUGAAGUGGUGAAGAUAUUAGAAGGCACGAUGGGGGCUCCUGUGCUACAAAUUCCGAGGUCCUUACAGGUCCUAUUAGAUCAGAUAGUAGACGAGGACAAUGGUAGCUUCGGUCAACAUCCUUCCAUAUUAAGUGACUCCAUAUCCGAGCCGGUUUCAAGAGAAAAGUUUAAAAAUAUUAAACUCGAAAAUAUUAAAUAUUUAUAA